AUGGAGACCACAGACCCCCGAGAUCGCAUCUUCGCGGUUCUAGAACUUUUCCGUGCGGGCGCGAAGCUGAACGACAUCCCAGAUUUACUGAAGCCAGAUUAUAGCAAGACCGCUGGCGCUGUGUUUAGAGACGCCACACGGUACGCUCUUGGAGAGGCCAACUCCAACACAUUGCUUGCAACUAUAUCUCAUCGGUCCAAUGAGGAGCUCGCUGAUAACGACUUUGCUUCGUGGAGCUUACGAUGGGAUCGUCAAUACGAUCCCGAGCAAGAAGCCAUGCAAUUGGGUUGGGCGGGAGCUGGUCUGCCGCAGAGUGCCAGUGCGAAUGAUCGCCGACUCGUACCAAACCAGGUCGAUGAUUUGAGCUGUUUGAGAUUGAAAGCUCGUAUCAUUGGAGAGGUCAACUGGUGUACAAACAUGAUCGAGAGACGCUUGCUGGACUACCAUGUCUCGCAAAACAUCGAGAGUGUACUGGCUAGGGCCGAAGGGGUGGCAUAUCAACAAACUUUUGGCGUGGAUGAUGCAGUCGCUUUGAGUGCGACCACAUUGACCACAGGCAGUUUGGGAGACAGUCACCACCGCUUUGAGAAUACUGAUCAGAGGAGAUUCGCGUUCGUUCAACAUCUGCAGUAUCUCAAGGUCCACAACACGGCACCGCCGCUGUUACUUACUGAAACAGACCCCGUGUCGUCAAAUGCACCGGCGAGGUUCCACAGGCUGCUGAGUAGCAGAGCACAUCGGCGACGCUACUUCCAGCUCGAUACAGGCUAUCUUGGCAUAGGACCUGAAGUGCUUCAGAUUGGCGAUAAACUCAUUGUUUGCACAGGCGCUGAGCAUCUUUACCUCUUGCAGUUGGUGGGCAGGGCAGGCACCGACUUUGGGUCUGCAAGAGACCUGGGUCGACAUCCGCUGGUUUCCGUCCAGAACUCUCGUUGUGACAAGACAGGGCUUCCUGGCCCAAAUAUUCCAUUGCCCUCUUCCAGGUUGCCCGACCAAUGGAUAACAUUAGUCAUCAUGCAUGUAGUUGACCUAUAA